AUGGCGCUCUACAGCUUAAAGAGCAACCUGCAGUACGCGACCCUGAAGACUUUGUCUCUGGUCUCGAUAAGCGUGAUGUCCCAACAGCAGUCUGUCAAGGAAUUGUUCCGGACCGCUGACUGCGUGUGUUUCGAUGUGGACUCCACAGUCAUUCAAGAUGAGGGCAUUGAUGAAUUGGCUAAGUUCUGCGGUAAAGGAGACGAAGUAAAAAGGCUAACUGCUGAAGCAAUGGGUGGCAACAUGACUUUCCAAGAAGCAUUAAAAAAAAGAUUGGACAUAAUCCGACCAAGUGUUAGCCAAAUUAAAGAAUUUCUAGACACUUUCCCCAUUCAUCUCACGCCUGGAAUUUCACAAUUAGUAAAAUCACUCCAAGAACACGGUGUCGCCGUCUACCUUGUAUCUGGUGGUUUUCGAAGCCUCAUAGAACCCGUAGCAGAGAAAUUAGACAUCCCACUUACCAACAUCUACGCUAAUAGACUCAAAUUCUAUUUUAAUGGGGAAUAUGCUGGAUUUGACGAAAACGAGCCUACCUCACGAUCCGGUGGCAAAGGUUUAGUGGUCAGAAGACUGAAGGAACAGCAAGGGUAUCAGCGUUUAAUCGUUAUUGGCGAUGGUGCCACGGACGCAGAAGCCUGUCCUCCUGCUGAUGGAUUUAUUGGUUUUGGAGGGAAUGUUGUUCGUGAAGAAGUAAGAAAGCGGGCUACAUGGUACGUCACAGAUUUCCAAGAGCUCAUUAGUUCCCUCACGCUCCAAACCAAGUGA